GUGUUAUGAUGUUACAGUGAUUUUGAUCGGUAUUGUCUCAUAUUUGCACGAUGCUGAUGAUGAUGAUGCUGCUGAUGGUGAUGGAGUUGGUUCCCCUCUCAGCCAAUUAGCGGCCAGACUUGGGAGCAGGUUUCGACUCCCCUCCUCUCCUCAUCUGUGGAUGACGCAGAUAUCUGCUGUGUGUGUGUGAGUGUAUGUGUAUGUGUAUGUGUAUGUGUGUGUGUAUGUUAAUGCUGGUCAGCUGCUGUCUGUGGAGAGCAGCACCAACCUCCACAACCAACGCCACCACCACCUCCUCCAGCAGCAGCAGCAGCAGCAGCAGCAGCAGCAGCAGCUAAAGCCCGAUGAUGGAGACGGACACACGGAUGGAGCUGCAGUAGAGGCGGAGGGGUGGAGGAUGCUGCGGCGGCUGUGACGGGAGCCGAGCCGCGUUUAGCCCCGUGUCAGCUGCACCUGCCGUGGAUGAUUUUCCCGAUGGGUUGCGGAGGCAGUCGGGCGGACGCGAUCAUCGAGCCGAGGUACCACGAGAGCUGGACCAGGGAAACGGAGUCGACGUGGCUCACCAACACGGACGUGGAGACCUCGUUGCCAGUCGCGACCAUGAUGAGCAAGGCUCGACUGUCGUCCAAAGGUAAAGCUCUGGAGGCCAGCCUGCGGGAGAAGAGGAUGGUGAACACGGGCACCCAGUGUGGGAAGCAGGCCCUCGCAUCCACCGCCUCCAACCACCAGAGGAGACCCAGGCGCUCCAUCACUGAUGUAGGUGUCACUGGGAGCAGCAAACCGCUCGCGACUCCAAAAGGAGGGCGUCGAAGGAGGGCGGCGCUCUGCCUAAGGACGGCCAGCCCGUCAGCAUCGGCGGCAGCGGGGAUGCUGAACCGGUGGAGUGUGUCUGACGGAAGGGAAGGUAAAGACAAGACGAGCCUCUGUGAGGAGGAGGAGCUGCGAGCGGUUCACCGUUGAGAUCGGAUGGUGAUUUACAGGAAGUGUGUGCGGAUGACGUCUGCGAAGGGACCUGUUGCGGGAUUCUCGUCCGUCGACCUCAGCGGCGCACAACAUAGGCGCCCGCAUAAUGUCCUCCAUCCAAAGAUCUCGGGAUGCUGCAUCUGUGUUGUGCCAUUGCAAAUGCAUGUGCGAAGCAGAGAGAACGGGUCACAAACAGUGUUCAUGCGCUCCACCAUGCUUUUUUUUUCUUUCUCUUCUCUCCGCACGGUCAGGGCAGAUUGUGUCACUGUUGUUUAAAAAGUCAGUGUUGAGAGAGACAAGAGGAGACCGUCCCAUAUGCACAUGAUAAUCACAAUCUGCACAUCAGAUGUUUUUGUUUUCUUUCUGUGCGGGGGCCGUCCCAGUGAGCCUGCUUCAGUUCUGUGUGCUAGUGUAUUCCUUUUGGUUGAGAAUGAGAAACGAUAAGUGUGGGAACCAAAUGACGAUGCUGUUUAACCUCAGUCGAUGCUGUAAAUUAUAUUCUUUUAAGAAGACCCUGAAGUGCUGUUUUAGAAAUUGAAGCUUGAGGGCUGAAGACUUUUUUUUUUGUCUUCAGUCUUUGAAAGAAAAAAAAAAGAAACAAACACACCCGCAUGUGCCUACAGUUCACCUUGAUCUGAACCGCUCCUGUGUUCACCGUGCGUUUUUUUCUAUUUGAAAUUUGUUUAGUGUUGCGUGUUCUCCGGUUCUCCUACAUCUUUUUUUUUUUGUGUUCUACGAUGUUACCCUUUAUUAUGAAGUGUUAUCUGAGUGGCUUACACCGAUCUGCAUGUAUUAAUCUCAAUUUGGCUCAGCAAAAAUCUCGGAUUGCGACAAAUGCAGUCGAGCAUUAUGAAAAGCAAGCUGUCUGAAAUAAAACAUUUUGCCCUUGCUGCUACACAUGAAAAUAUAGCAACUGCACUACAAAAGUACAUUUCAGCAGGCGAUUCAGGAUGCAAGUGACACUUGUGGCCAGCAGAUGGCGCUGCUGACCAGCUGGGACCUCAAGAGUCUCGUCACUGACGACAAACGCCUCAAGGAAGCCAUUCAUUUGAUAGAGGAUGUUAAAGAUUUUGCUUUUAUUAUAUUCUGAGGGGGAACAUUUUAUGCUUCUGAUAACUGUUGCUUGUCAUGAGUUGAAAUGUGUAAAGGCCAACUUUUGUGAUGGUGAAAACAUUUUAACACAGGAUCUGCCACAUUUCUUUUUUCUUGUUUGAAUUAAAGUUGUUGUCAGCUUCUUAAGUUGUGGAAACCA